AUGGCCAUAGAGAAGGACUACGAUGUCUUGGAGCGCCUGGGCGAGGGAGCAUUCGGAAAAGUCUACAAGGCAAGGCACAAGAAGACUGAGGAGUUGGUUGCUGUGAAGCAGAUCAAGCUUGGAGCCAAAUCCUGGGACGAAGCCUGCAAGUCGACGGAGCUGGCUGCUUUGAGACAGUUGCGCCAUCCCUUCAUUGUUCGGCUCAAAGAGCUCUUGCGCAACCAGCUGGAUGGGAGCCUGUAUUACAUCUUUGAGUACAUUGAUAGCGAUCUGUGCCGGCUUGUAAGGCAGAACCCAUCCGGUCUGGAGGAAAGCUUUGCUGCUGGUUUGGCCCGGCAACUGUUUGCAGGUCUCGCGCACAUACAUCAACACAACUUCUUUCAUCGAGACAUAAAGCCGGAGAAUGUCCUUUACGAGACCAAAAGGGAAGUCGUUCGAAUUGCGGACUUCGGCGAGUCCCGCUCUCUCCGCGCAAGGCCACCGUUCACGGACUAUGUGGGCACCCGCUGGUACCGAGCUCCAGAGUGUUUGCUGCGGGACCGCGGCUACUCCUCGCCGGUAGAUGUUUUCUCGUCUGGCUUGGUGUUCGCAGAGCUGUUGAGGGGCUCUCCUGUCUUUAUGGGGUCUUCGAGCAUGGACCAGCUGUACAAGAUUUUCUCCGUCCUUGGGCAGCCGGUCUCUGACUGGCCUGAAUUCUCAAGGCUGGCGGAGGCCUGCCGCUUUCGCGUGCCAGCAUCUUCGGGUACUGGGCUGCAGCCUGUGAUUCCUCGAGCUUCAAGCCGUGCUAUUGCCAUCCUCUCAGAGAUCCUUUUAUUGAAUCCGCGGAGGCGACCUAUGGCCAGGAAGGUGUUGGAGCACAACUACUUCAGUGUGCUGCCCCCUCUCGAUUUGGACCGACUGGAUACCAGUCGCUCCACAGGUGGCAAUUCGGCCGCUGCUCUCACGGCAUACCUGCAAGAGCGCUGCGACUCUCGCCACUCCUUCUCGAUGAAUGAGGCGCCGCCAACUGCAUCCCAGGGCACGCUGCAGACCGGGAACGGGUCCCAGGGAACGCUGCAGGCUUCUCGGCCAGAGACUCCGGUUUUGCCCCCACCGCCAGUGCCAGCCCCGCCACCUAGCCGUCCAAAGAGCGAGGUCUGCGUGGAUGAUGUGGAUCUUGAUGCAGAGUUAGACAAGAUCCUCGGCGAUGCACCUUGCAGGUCUGCUGAGGAACCCGAGUUGAUUGAUCCCCAAGAUUUCGCGCUCCGAGCAGCGGGCAGCAAUGACAGUUUUGUCUUGGAGCCAGAAGCCAGCCCUAUGCCGGAGACGGUAGUUUCCUUACUGGGAGGCUUUCCAGACAUUCCGCCUCUCCACAUGGGCAACACCUCCAUUGCCAACUCCCGCGCAGCAUCGCCUGAUUCGCGAGGAGACAUCAUGGAUGCCCUGUUGAAUGAUCUGGCUGACCUGGGAGUAGGUGAAGACCUGGCGCCCAGUUCUGCACGACUUCCACCUAGCCUGGCCCCGCCGACUCCGAUUCCUGGCCCGGACAUGGAUGUGUCUGCGCUGUCCUGGAGCCCUGAAGAGUGUUUGGAGCUCCGGCGGCUCGUCAAGCGCGUGGUCAGGUCUGGCACGUCUGAUAAAGAGCAAAUCUGGCUACAGGUGAGCCGAGAAAUGGGGGGACGGUAUUCCGCUCGUGAGUGUAAGCUCCAAUACGCACGCGACUACAAAGCGGACAAGAUGAGGAAGCAAGCCAUGGCAGACGGAUAG